GAUGCGAUUACGAAAAAAGAGCAGCGCCAGUCACUUGUAAGAUUUGCAUUCACUUCAGUUUUUUGUGCGGUGUUGUGACGAUCACACACAAUACUAUUUUCGUUGUAACUAGAAAAAGAUUUUCGAAAGAAAAUUCUAGACUUUUUUAUCACUAAGGUUUAUUUUUAAAUCAAAGCCAAGAUGUUUGCCUCCAUCAUGGAAUCCGCACGAAACUCAACAUUCAAAAAUCCGUUCAUUUCAACGGUGAACUGCGAAUCAGCUGAUUCACAAAAUUUAGUAGCUGGCCGAACAAUUGCCGCUGCCUCUGCUACCGCUGAAGGAGACUCAUGCGAAUUUGGAUCGCUACACUACUUUGCCCUUUGCGGUUUGGGUGGUGUUAUCUCAUGCGGUUCGACUCAUACCAUGGUUGUGCCAUUAGAUUUAGUCAAAUGCCGUUUGCAAGUCGAUGCUGCCAAAUACAAGUCAGUAUUCAAUGGUUUCCGUGUAACUUUGGCUGAAGAAGGUGUUAAAGGCUUGUCAAAAGGAUGGGCUCCCACGUUUAUCGGCUAUUCGGCACAAGGAUUGUGCAAAUUCGGUUUCUAUGAAGUGUUCAAAGUGCUGUAUGGUGGUCUAUUGAACGAAGAACAAGCCUAUUUGUACCGUACAGUCUUGUAUUUGGUUUCUUCAGCCUCUGCUGAAUUCAUUGCCGAUGUUGCUCUGUCACCGAUGGAAGCCGCAAAGGUCCGUAUUCAAACUCAACCUGGAUUCGCCAACACAUUACGUGAAGCUCUCCCAAAAAUGAUCGAAUCUGAGGGUAUGAAUGCAUUCUACAAAGGCUUAGUACCAUUGUGGUGUCGCCAAAUUCCUUACACCAUGAUGAAAUUCGCCAGUUUUGAAAAGACACUUGAAUUGCUCUAUCAAUAUGUGGUGCCGAAACCAAGAGCAGAUUGUACGAAAGGCGAACAGUUGAUUGUUACCUUCGCAGCUGGUUAUAUUGCUGGUGUAUUCUGUGCCAUCGUUUCACAUCCAGCCGAUACAGUUGUCUCUAAAUUGAAUCAAGCCAAGAAGGGUCAAACUGCAAUGGAUGUUGCCAAGGCUUUGGGAUGGAACGGUCUUUGGGCUGGUCUAAUUCCACGUAUUGUUAUGAUCGGCACAUUGACAGCAGCUCAAUGGUUCAUCUAUGAUGCUGUCAAGGUUGUCCUUAGAAUGCCACGGCCACCACCAGCCGAAAUGCCCGAAUCACUCAAAAAGAAGUUGGGCGUUCAGUAAAACGUUCACCAAUCGAAUGUAACGUUUCAAACCACAUACAAAAUUUAGAUGGUAAUAAGACAAUUGAAUAAAAAUCGAAAAUGCUCCUAA